GAUCCUGACUUGCUGCUCUGUCAAAUGGUCAAGGAUGGCAAUGGAUCUUGGUUGGUUUUGAGCAAUGCUAUCAAGGCGAAAUGGGCUGAUGAUCCCAUUCGUCGUGAGCAGUGGUUGGCAGAGCUCAAAGAGUUUGAUGCGAGGUUCCCAGCAUCCUCGACCCCGGCUCCGGAGACGACCGCCGUCGUGCCUGCUGCUGCCGCUGCUCCAGGCAGUACGUCGACUUCGGCCUGGGCGGGAGAACCCACGACGCUGGCCCAGUUGGAGAGCACUUAUGAGGUCGUCCUGAGUGUUCCCGGACGCAAUCCCACAACCCAGUUGAAAGUGGGGAAAGCCACGCCGAAAGAUGGAUCUGAGCCAACCAACAUCGUCAUGGAGCAGGAGCACAAACUCUUUGUUGUGGCUUGUCUUCACGUGCAAUAUUUUGACCCUGGGUUCCCCUGA